UCACCCAAGCCAGACAGACCGCGGUGACUCCAGGGGGAUCCGGGAAGGGACUUACGAGGCGCCGGCCAGAGGCUCAACCGUGAUAAAAAAGACUUUGCCAAAAUCCAACAGCCAGUCGUCGCCCUGUGGAGAUACCGCCGGUGAUAUACCUCCACUCUCGAAUUAGGUGAAUAGCGAAGAGCUGUUCCCGACUCUGCCAUAACCUGGUGCUGCUAUUACGACAGAGAGCCAAACGGGAGACUACACCUUGACAGUCCUGGAUAAUUAACUCAAGCGUUUGUAGGAAUUAGUAUACUUUUUUUCUCAGUCAUUGACUACAUUUUACACACCAAGUGUGUCGUUAAACCUCUGUCCUUUUUGGGAUAUAAACUUGUUUUAAGUAUAGAUUUUUCCCGUUGCAAGUCCAAGUGCUUUAACUGGUGUCUAUCCAGUUCUGUGUGAUUAUAACAGAGACUUGUGAGGCAGUUGUGACAGUGAACGUCGGGAGCCACUUGUGUUUGAACCAUGAGCCAGGCGGAUGUAUCGACCUGUUCCGCACCACAGAGAGUUUUCCAGGAGGCGGUGAAGAAGGGCAACACGAAGGAGCUUCACUCGCUGCUGCAGAACAUGACUAACUGCGAGUUUAACGUCAACUCCUUCGGACCGGAGGGGCAGACCGCACUGCAUCAGUCAGUCAUUGACGGAAACUUGGAACUCGUAAAGUUGCUGGUGAAAUUCGGAGCCGACAUCCGAUUGGCAAACAGGGAAGGCUGGAGCGCGUUACACAUCGCUGCGUUUGGAGGACACCAGGACAUCGUCCUCUACCUCAUCACCAAGGCCAAGUACUCCUCUGGCGCACGGUGAGAAGCGCCUGGGCGCCGCCAGGUAAAGCACGCAAAGACAGGCCUCUGUAAAACCUGCGUUUCAUCUUUUCCAAUGCCAAAUUGUAUAGAGAAAAAAGACGGCAACUUCCCUUUUACCAACAAACCAAACAGGGGAUGGGGUCUCUCUCUCUCUCUUUCUCCUGAGGACAACACGGCGUGAUUCUAAUCUGACUGAGUAUACAUGCAUCUUGAAAAAUAGAAACGCGUUUUGUGUGUCUGUGUGCUUGCAGAACGCGUUGGUACUAAAGCUUUGUUUUUCUUGAAUGUGUAAAAUGAUCAGAUUAGGCCGUGUGGCGAGCUGUAGGAGGCAGGGAGGGUGUGUGAAACGCGUUUAUUCCGAGGGUUUGGGGUGAGCUGUUGACCUGCGCCGGUGGUGUGACCAUAAUAACCUAAAUUAUUCUAAUCAAGAUGGCACUUGAUGCUGUGGACGCAUGCUGGAAUAUCUGAAAGGGAAGAAGAGUUGAACACGGAAAUGAAGGCCAUCUUCUAUUUGGCUAAACACUGUUUUUAUUUUUCUAAACGACAUGCUUUUUUUGGUUUGGUUUGUUUCUUUUUAUCAAUUAGCCUAACGAUUGGCAUGUUUUAAAUGCGGCAUUAUGAUAUCCAAUGCUUUUUGUUUUUUAAAAAAUGUAAUCGGAGUAACAACAAUUGACUAAGUGUUGUUAAGUACUGUACACAAUAGCUUUAUUUUGUUCCUUUUUUAAAAACUAGUGAGAUGCGGCCUGCCUCCAUAGCAGAUGGCGUCUCCCAGCUUGCAGGCCUGAAUGACCAGUGUCAAGGGUCGAUGUGUUACUAAACCGCUGCUUGCGCUUUGCAUCAAAACGUCAGGAAAGUCGCAUUUGGAAUACACUUUAUAAUCUACUUUCAGUAUUUGUAUUAACACCCUGGUUAUCACUGUGAAGACAGGCUGGGUUAUUUAUGAAGGUACAUUGAGAUGAUUAAAUUAUGUUGUGGAUAUCAGCUCUAUAGCUUACGUUUAAACAUAUUUAGGGUGACUUAAGCUGCUUCGGAUUUUAGAGUGUAAACUGUCCCGCGUGGAAAUCCCAUGCCCAUAAACCCCAAAUUCCCACCCGCCCUGCGUCAGACAUCACUGUCCCGGGAAAAUGGCUCUAAUCCUCUACUGUCUGUUUGGUUUUCUCUACCAGCUACCUCGACUUUCAAAGUAUUCAAGACUAUUCAGCUUACUCCCAUGUAGUCGUUUUUAGCAACAGCAUAAAUUUCACACGAAAGAGAGAGGUCAGGUGAAUGGCAGUCUCUCCGUAACCUCACCCAGUGGCCAUCAGUGAAGCUCGCUUAAUUACAUUUAGGCUUCAAUGUUUCUCUCACUUUAAACAGAAUCCUUAAAUCCACCCGGGACAAGUCAUUUUCAGCAACCAAGUUUAGACCUAUUGGUUAAGCUACACACGGAGGAUACUCUUCCUCAGCAAGGCAUGAUUGACACAUUGUAAAUGUUUUAUUUCAGCCGAAUGCUUAUCUUGUCUUUCCAUUUUUUGUUGCAUUUUAUUUAGUUACAAAAAGUGGAAUGUAUUGCAUGACUUUAAUGCAGGGAGUUUUCGUUGCACAAAAUCUGGAGCCUUUUAUGCCCCCUAGUGCCUGGUCGGGUAACUUCAGGAGCUGAGGCUUACGAAUAGUUACUACUGAGCAGGACUAUUAACAUAAAAUAUUAUUAUUGUUUUAUUAUGAUGACUAUUACUUCUGUCAUAUGACUUGCAGGAAAAAAAAAUCUACACAUAUUCUUAAAAACUGCCUGCUGCAUUUUGAAAGUCAUGGCACCCUGAUGUUUGUUUCAAUGCUGCUUAUAUGUUUUUGAUUUAUAUUUUUUGUUCUGAUUUGUGACUCAAUGGCCAACGAGUGAAAGACAAAAUAUCAGAAUCACAGUCAUUAUAUGAAAAGCCCAGUGUAUGCAGUUAGUGUCUGUAUGUGUGUGUGUGUGUGUGUGUGUUUCUGUGUGUUAUAUGAAUGUGCAUGUGUGUGCAUGUGUACAUCUGUGUGUGU